CCUAGACAACCCGCCUGUCCCCUCCCCAACGCCGUCGUCAUCGCCCCCCCGUACCCCUUCAACCCCAGACUUGAUUCAUCUUCACCCACGCAUCGGAACCCUUCUCCGCUGCACCACUUAGCUCGGGAUCCUUAGCUGGGCAGUUACUGGUACCUGACGAUUGUUGGGCUCCACUAUCUUUGCAGCUUCUCGCAUACAGAAAGAAGGUUGGCACCCGGUCGUUCCCUCGUUGAGAUGGAGCCCCGCAAAACGCCCCCGGAGUACUUCCUGGAGGUCUUCGCGGAUACCACGACCGUUCGGGAUGUGUUGAAAGGCAUCCUCAACCUGAUCUUCUUCCACCGAUACUUCCCCUCCAUCCGCCCAACCACCUUCGAGGUCCUAGAUUUCACCCUGCCCGCCAUCAACGAUGUAGACCUCGAAACCCUCAUCGAAUCCCGUAUCAGCACCCUUGUUCGCCAACACUCCUCCGUAACUAGCGCCCCUGAUGGUAGCGGCGGCGGCGGCGUGCGCGGCCGAAUCGCAGUGGAAUUUUAUGAAAAGCGACGCCGGCGUUCCGGAAUCUGGUUUGGCGGUCUCGCAGGAAAGGGAGAGGAAGAAGUAUGCUGGGAGGUGUGGAAUCUGGAUGUGACGAUAGCUACACCUCGAACAGAAUCCGAACGCGCCAAAGUGCGCAAAGCAAUGGAGAACAUGCUUCAGAAAGCUGCCUUGAAGAUCCUGGCUGUCGUCAACCGCGAUAAGGAUCAUAUCCCACCGAUCACGACUAGCGAUUCGAAUCCGUUUCCUUAUCGGAUCGUGUUGAACCCCCGGCCUGAUGGAUGGCAGAAUCGCUUUGGGUUGUACUGAAUCACUUCGGGCCUCGAAAACAUCGCUGGGCUACGGUACCUGGAUUCGAUGUGAAUGAUUCGCAGGCUGUGGCGCGCCUGAGAUUCGCAAGGAAUGUUACGUGCUCAUUGGCCGCACUUUUGUUUCGUUGAUUGUACAUUACCCGCUCUCUUUUCGAUCAUAGCGUCGGCCUCAUUCAGAAGAAACGUCCUAUAUCAUCUAU